AGAGCAAGAAAAGGUGGGAAGGAAGGGCACGGAAAAAAGGGAGAGGGGGGGGAUCCCUUCUUCUCCUUUGCUCCAGGAGAAGCGGUUUCUUAACCCCCCCCCCCAAUAGCCCAGGAGAAGAAAACCAGCCUCUGCUGGGCAGCCACCCCUUGGCCCCCUCGUUGUGCCUGUCUCUGCCCCUCUUCGGGCUUUGGUGUGGUGGCGGGUUUUUUUUUCGUUUCUUUUUAAUUUGAUCUCUCGUAAAACCGAGAAGGAGAAUGUGAAAAGGGGGGAAAAUGCCCAGGAGGAAGCAGGAGCAACCCAAGCGCCUCUCUUCACAUGGUAGUAGACAGGAAGAAGCUGAAGGUGAACUUAGUGAGGAAGAACAUUGGUUUGGAAACUCUUCAGAAACUCUGUCUGAAGCAUCUUAUGGAGAAGUCCAGGAGAACUUCAAGUUAUCCUUUGAGGACAGAAUCCAAGAACAGUCCACCUCUCCAGACACUUCUUUGGGUAGUGCAACUCCAAGCAGCAAUACAUUGGAGUUGGCUGCUGUUGAGAAUGAGGCUCUACGAGAUGUAUUACAGAACAAAGACCAUCUCUCCCCUGGUGUGUCUUCUGUAUGUGAAGAUGACACUCCUGGCCCAAAUAAGCCCCUGAGUAGUAACCUGAGACGUCUGCUGGAGGCUGGUUCUCUCAAGCUAGACACUAGUAUUACAGUUAACGGCAGGGUUGAGUCACCUGUAAACCUUGGCUCGAAUCUCUCCUUUUCUCCAUCUACCCAUCAUGCUCAGCAGCUAAGUGUCCUUGCUAGAAAGCUUGCUGAAAAACAGGAACAAAACGACCAAUUUGGUGCAAACAACCGGUUUAUAUGGAAUCAAGGCAAGUGGUUGCCCAACUCAACGCCACCUUGUGGCUUAUCUCCAGAUUCAGCAAUCCUAAAAUUGAAAGCAGCAGCUAAUGCAGUCCUUCAGGACAAGUCCCUUUCUCGAACUGAAGAUCCAAUACGGUUUGAAACUUUUUCAUCGCCAUUUAGUUCCCAGUCUGCCAGCUCCACCUUAGCUGCGUUAUCAAAGAAAGUCAGUGAAAGAAGCAUGACUCCUGGGCAGGACCACCCACCGCCAGCCAGCUCUUUCCUUUCUCUCGCCUCAAUGACUUCUUCAGCAGCCUUACUCAAGGAGGUUGCGGCUAGAGCUGCAGGCAGUCUUUUGGCUGAGAAGAAAAAGUCGCUGGUUGCAGAGGAUCCCCUGCAGCUUUCAGACACGAAACAAGAGAAAGUGUCUCCACCACAGUCUUUGGAAUUACUGUUACUCCCAGCCCCUAAAGGAAGAGCUUCUAAAACCACUAACCCAGCCUCAGAAGAGGAAGGUGGAAAACCUUUCCAAUGUCCAAUCUGUGGCCUGGUUAUAAAAAGGAAGAGCUACUGGAAGCGACACAUGGUGAUUCAUACAGGCUUGAAAAGUCAUCAGUGCCCUUUGUGUCCAUUUCGCUGUGCACGCAAGGACAAUCUCAAAUCGCACAUGAAGGUUCACCAACACCAGGACCGGGGAGAAACAUUUCAGUGCCAGCUAUGUCCUUUUACCUCCUCUCGCCACUUCAGCCUGAAACUCCACAUGCGUUGCCAUCAACAUUUCCUGAGGACAGAAGCCAAAGUGAAAGAAGAGAUCCCAGAAAUGGAUAUUAAGGGAUCCCCGCUGUCAAAUGACAAUUCCAAUACGGGGCAGCAGAUAGACGGGGGAACGGAUCACACGGGGAGUGCAGCCACACCCUCUAAAACUCCUGAGGCAGUUGGGCAGGCCGGGGCUGCCAUCUCCCCAUUGCUGGUGAAAGAAGAGCCCAAAGAUGACAACAAUGCCUCUGCCCCAUCCUUUCCUCCCAGUGUGGUUGACAGAAUCACCAACAAUACUAAGCUAAAAGACUCCAUUGACUUUGUGACCAAUACAGCGUCAGCACUUUUUAGCCAGGAUAUCUCGGUGAAGAUGGCUUCAGAUUUCCUUAUGAAACUCUCCGCUGCAAAUCAGAAAGAACCGUUGACUCCUACAUUCAAAGUGAAAGAUGAACCGAAAGAUGAGGAAAAUACAAGCUCCACUUUGCCUAAAUCUAGUUAUGUUUUCAGCCAUGAACCUGAAACGUCUGCCCCAAGCAUUCCCCAGGAGAAUCUCAAAUCACAGGAAGUGCCAGCAAAUGUAUUACAGCAAGACAUGUCAGUCAAAGCAGCAUCUGAACUUCUGAUGAAGCUAUCAGCAGAAAGUUACAAGGAAUCCCAGACAGUAAAAAUUAAAGAAGAGCCAAUGGAAGUUGAUAUUCAUGAUUCCCAACCCUUGGUGUCACCCAGCCAAAACAUCAGUUAUAGCACUUUACUCAGGCAAGAGGUAACGGAACACAUACAAAAGAUACCAGAAAGCCGAGUGCUCCCUGAGAGAAACCUCUUCAGCCAAGAUAUAUCAGUGAAGAUGGCUUCAGAGCUACUUUUUCAAUUGUCAGAAAAAGUGAGCAAAGAGCACAAUCACUCUAAAGAUAACACCAUUGCAGCUACAACUAGCCCCUUUUUUUCUGAAGAUACAUUUAGACAAUCACCAUUCACUUCCAACACAAAAGAUCUGCUGUCUAAUGAUACUACUGUUCAUGGAAGGACAACAGUAACAGAAACAGAGAAGAUAGGGCUGGAGGCUGGAAAUGGGUUGCCACCUUGGAAAUUUAAUGACCAGCUCUUUCCCUGUGAUGUGUGUGGAAAAGUGUUUGGCCGACAGCAGACGUUGUCCCGACAUCUCUCCCUGCACACAGAAGAGAGAAAAUACAAAUGCCAUUUGUGCCCAUAUGCUGCUAAGUGCCGUGCUAACCUGAACCAGCACCUGACUGUCCAUUCCGUGAAGCUGGUGAGUACAGACACUGAGGACAUUGUCAGCGCUGUCACUUCCGAAGGCAGUGAUGGAAAGAAGCACCCUUAUUACUACAGUUGUCAUGUGUGUGGAUUUGAAACCGAGAUGAAUGUCCAGUUUGUCAGUCAUAUGUCGCUUCAUGUGGAUAAAGAACAGUGGAUGUUUUCUAUUUGCUGCACAGCCUGUGAUUUUGUUACCAUGGAAGAGACAGAGAUGAAGGCUCAUGUGGCCACCAGACAUGCAGGUGAAGAGAGGAAGACACCCAGUGAUUCAAACAGUCCUUCUUCUUCUUCCCUGUCUGCACUUAGCGAUUCUGCCAACAGCAAAGAAGAUGCAGAGAUGAGCCCCAAACCCAAGGGUCAAACCAACCUCCUAGUUAUUUCUGUAGUGCCUGGUAGCCAGACCAUAAUAAAUGCGGAAGAGAAGUCAGAGAAAGGUUUUGAAUGUGUUUUCUGUAACUUUGUCUGCAAAACAAAAAACAUGUUUGAACGCCAUUUACAAAUCCACUUGAUCACACGGAUGUUUGAAUGUGAUGUGUGCCACAAGUUCAUGAAGACUCCUGAGCAAUUACUGGAGCACAAGAAAUGCCACACUGUCCCCACCGGUGGGCUCAAGUGCCCAUUCUGCAUUUACUCCACAAACCGUCCUGCAGCAAUGGAGUGCCAUUUGAAGACCCACUACAAAAUGGAGUACAAGUGCCGGAUCUGCCAGGCAGUGAAAGCCAAUCAGCUGGAACUGGAAAUGCACAUCCGGGAGCAUCGCCUUGGCAACCAUUACAAGUGUGACCAGUGUGGCUAUCUUUCAAAGACGGCCAACAAGCUGAUUGAGCAUGUGCGCGUACACACUGGGGAGCGCCCUUUUCACUGUGACCAGUGCAGCUACAGCUGCAAGCGCAAAGACAAUCUUAACUUGCACAAGAAGCUCAAGCAUGCUCCCCGGCAGACCUUCAGCUGCGAAGAGUGCCUCUUCAAGACGACCCACCCUUUUGUCUUCAGCCGCCAUGUGAAGAAGCACCAGAAUGGGGAUUGCUCUGAAGAGGAGAAGAGGAAUCAGGGGGCAAACUCCAAGGAAGCUAGCCCUCUCCUUGCUACCAACAGUCCCCGAAGCCUCUUGUCACCUCUCUCAGUGAUGUCUGCGUCCCAGGCACUGCAGACGGUGGCCAUGUCAGCCGUGCACGGUAGCGGGGUAGAGCCAAACCUGGCACUUAAGGCCUUGGCCAUAAACGGCACUUCCCUGUACUUUGACAAGUACCGAAACUCUGACUUCGCCCACCUCAUUCCCUUAACUAUGUUCUUCCCCAAGAACCACUUUGAGAUCACAUUCCAUGCACCCAGACCACAGACUCUACGCCUGGGUGACACAUCUUCGCCGAAGCACUCCUUCCUCGCCUAUCUGGGACUCACUGAGAGGGCAAAAACUGUCUGAGGGCAGCUGUGUUCUGUACCAAAAAUACUCCACCAACCUCCCUGUCUCCCCCCCACCGAACAUACACCACAGAUACCCAGCAGGUAUAUAUGCAUUGCUGCAAACCAUACAUCCAAGAGGUAUGGCUGGCUGAACAUUUGUACUAUAGAACAUUCGUAGUAAGGAGUAGGAAAAAAAAAAAAGAAAUGGCUGUGUGUCUCCGUAAUACGUUGAGAUCAAGGCUGCUUCAUUCAGACUUCAGAGAGGUGACCUCCUGCAUACUUCUAUCCUCAGAAGCAUGUUCCCAGUACUCUUAAACUAAAAACAGAAAACUAUUUUGUCUUGUUUAAGCUGAACAAGAGUGUCCUUAAUGGCAAUCAGCACUUGCUAAGAUGACGUAUUGAUGCAUUUUACUUUGAGUUUGUGAGCAUGAGCGUGUCUGAAAGAGAGUCAGUGUGCCAUAAACAUUACUUUUGCACAUCCUUUUGUACUGGCUUAUUUAAUAUGAACACAUGAAGCUGCCUUAUACCACGUCAGACCCUUGGUCCAUCUAGCCCAGUAUAAUCCACUCUGACUGGCAGCACUUCCUCGCAAUCUCUCCGCCUGAGAGUCUUUUAACUGGAGAUGUUGGGAAUUAAAUCGGGGUCCUUUAUUACAUGUAAAGCAUGCGCUCCACCACCUGAGUGACAGCCCUAACCCUGGUGAUAAUUAUUGCAGUUUCCCAUGCUCACCACUUUGCCUGCUUCUCUUUAUUUUGCAGCUAUCAGAAUAUGGAAACAGCAAUGCUCAGAUCAAAGAGAACUAGCACACCAGUCAGUGCUGCUUGAAAUUUGCUGUAGAAAUAGUUAUAUUUGGCCUCUGAUCUGAGAAAUACAAGGACCAGGGCAGAACUAGACAAUAGGAAAUUAUUUUUAGCCAUGCAAAGUGCAGGCUGAUUUACACAUCGCAGCUUUCCCACAUGGAGUUGAUCUUUGUGUGGGCAAAUGACAAUGUAGUUUUGUUUCACAGACAACACAAAUGUUUUUUUUCUUUUUGCAGACAAAUUGGGUAGCCACGGAGCAUACGUACAUACUGCCCAGUGGCUGUAGUCAUGUCCCCACUCCCGCCCCACAAGUGCUUUCUGCUCUCCCUUUGAAAUGUUCCAAUGAAUCUGCAUACUCCAAAACAGAGGUUAUAUCUAUGCAGGAGAAAAAAAUGUGUGAAGUGGCUCUGGGCAUGGAGCAGUAACACAUAGGAGGGAGGAGGCUAGACCUAUAAAUAUCAAGUGCAUUCCACGCAUGCAGAAAGUCUCCUGGGGUCUCACUCAGUCAGGGCCACUUCUCACAAUACCUUUUGUACUUGAGUACAGAUAUCCAAGAGCCAGGUACACAUGCUGGGCAUCCAUUUGAAAUGGGACACAUACGUUGCAUUUAAAUUGCUGCUUUUCUCUGUAAAAUAACUGGAGAGAGAAACUUGAUCAUCUCCCUGUCGUGCGUCUGUCUAGUUUGCUAAGAAAAGAGGUGAUUUAAAGACACGUGCACCAUUCAGAAGUGAUGCAAGGUCAAUAACGGCAUGGGGAUGGCAGGGUGGGAUCAUCGCCAGCAGCCUGCAGAUCAGGAGAUCAAACAUACAUAUUCUCAGGCUGUCUCAGUGCAAUGGUUACCUUGGUUUGCAGAAGACAAGAGUGUACAUUUUACAGUGAUUUAAUCCAGGAAAGGGUUGUUGUUGUUUUUUUAAAAAGGAAGGGUUUUCUAAAUUCUGGGUAUAAAUGCUCAGACUAAAUAAAGGCAGGUUUUGCACAGUGCUUGAGUCUUGCACUAGUAUGUUUAUCACUAGCAAAAAAAUAAAUAAAUAAUGAUAAGAAAAGAAAAAGUAUAGACAUGAAAAUGUUUCUUCUGUUGACUGAAGAAACAUCAGAUUGUAUAUUUGAAAAGUUCAUGGUGAGUUCUUUUAAUCAGAGAAAACGGUGCUGUUAAAUCAUACAAUUCUCUUUUAUAUGCCCAAUUGUUCAACUGUAUUGGCAAAUGUUGUGACCCUAUAAACAUUAUCGUUCAUGUUAUUUGUAUUCCUUUAUAUUGUUUUGUUACUGCCUAUUCAAGUAUGCUCUUUUAGCAAGCUAACUUUAUAUUUUCUUAAACUCUUACUUUGUGGUCAUUAAAAUGACAUAAAUAUUGCACUUUAUUGCAGUGAGAAGCAAAUGUUGCAUUCCUAAUAAGAUGAUCUAAGUCAACUGGUAACAUUUCCCAAGGUUUAACCUUUAUCUUUCCUGUGUACUGAUGAUCUUUGUCUGUCAUCAGCACAUCCAGCUUCUUCCAAAUACAUGGGAAGAAAUGCAGAUCUAUGUAAGAAUUCAAAGCCAAGAAAGGGUUUACAAUAGAGAGCAAGGAGAACAGUGCCCUAAAUAUUAGGAAAUUACAAUACACUGCUGUCAAAGUUGCAAGAGUCCACACAGUGGUUUAACCAACAUGUGGCCUCACCCAGCUACCCUAUUAACAGUAAAAUAAAGCGUUGUUUUAAUUAUUUCUAACA